GCGGCGACCGUGGCAGAAGCGGUGGCGGAGGCCUCCGUGGCGGAGGCGGAAGCAGAGGUGGAGGCUGAGUUGGAGGCCGAGGCCUCAGUAGAGGAGGCAGUGGCGGAGGCCACCCUGGGGGAGGCAGCGGCAGCCCUAGCGGGGGAGGAGGCGGAGGCCUCCCUGGCGGCAGCGGCAGUGGCCGUGGUGGAGGCCAGUGCGGCCGAAGCCGCCGCCGCGGCAGAGGCUGCGACGCCCCCCUUGGGGGAGGCGGAGGCGGAUGCGGAUGCGGAUGCAGAUGCGGAGGUGGCGGCGGCGGUAGCGGCGGCGGCGGCGGCCGCCGCGGAUGCUGAUGCGGAGACGGGCGGGGGCUCCGGGGGGAAUCCGGACUUUCCUAUGGCUUCGCUGUACGUGGGCGACCUGCACCCUGAGGUGACGGAGGCAAUGCUGUACGAGAAGUUCAGCCCGGCCGGGCCCAUCCUCUCCAUCCGCAUUUGCAGGGACAAGAUCACCCGCCGCUCGUUGGGCUAUGCGUAUGUCAACUACCAGCAACCGGUGGACGCCAAGCGGGCCCUGGAGACCCUGAACUUUGAUGUCAUCAAGGGCAGGCCAGUGCGCAUCAUGUGGUCCCAGCGGGACCCCUCGCUCCGCAAGAGCGGGGUGGGCAACGUCUUCAUCAAGAACCUGGGCAAAACCAUCGACAACAAGGCGCUGUACAACAUCUUCUCGGCGUUCGGCAACAUCCUCUCCUGCAAAGUGGCCUGCGACGAAAAGGGGCCCAAGGGCUACGGGUUCGUGCACUUCCAGAAGCAGGAGUCCGCCGAGCGGGCCAUCGAUGCAAUGAAUGGCAUGUUCCUGAACUACCGCAAAAUUUUCGUUGGGAGAUUCAAGUCGCAUAAGGAACGAGAGGCCGAAAGGGGAGCCUGGGCCAGGCAGUCCACCAGUGCUGACGUCAAGGAUUUCGAGGAAGACACCGACGAGGAGGCCACCUUGCGAUGAAGACAUCCCAGGAGCGAGCCAGCCAGCAGAGCCAAACCUUGGCUCCCACCCGGUUUACAACCCCACCCUUUGCCCCCCUAACCCACCAGCAGUGUAUUGUAUUGGGAGUGCAGGUCUCUCUCUCUCACAACCGCCCCCCCCCGCCCACUUCCUUCCCUCCAUCUCUCCCUCCCUCCGUCU